AUGAAAGUCUCUGUCAUCUAUAGCCUGGCCGCACUUUUUGGUGCUUGUCAUGUCAUCGCUGACUGCGUUGAAGGUCACCGCGAGACAAUCAUCCCAGACUACAUCGUUGCUGGCGUCGAGGUCUGCUCAUUCCACCCUCCCUCCAAGAAAUGCAUCGUCUCCAAGCCCGAUGGAGAAGAUCGCACCAGAUCAGACUUCAUCUACAUGGCCAAGGUUGAGAUCGACGACCCCUUCGUUGAGCCUGAUCCUUUUGCCGAAACCGAUGCAGAGGCCAAGGAAGCUUGCCUUGCACGAGAGGCCGCGCUCGAGUCUGAGCUGGCCGAGUGCAAGGCUACCGCCGCUGCAGCAGGCUCGGGAUCUUCACACCCGAGCUGCGCUCAGUGUGGUAUCUUGGGAAAGAAUGGUCCUGGACCAUUUCUCUCGGCGUCUGAAGACCGAUUUGGCCGCUUGCAAGGCCGGAUGCGCCGCCAUUGGAGACGGUACGCCAUGUCGUUCUUACGCCCAUGA